AUGAGGGGUUCUCCAGUCUUUUUCCAAUCUGUCUCGACGACAGCUCAAUCUUCACCCGAUCCGACACCUUCCUGGGCGGCUUGUCACCCAAGUAUCGUUAUCAUCACCCGCAUCUCUUCAGAGCAACGCGAUAUUUUUGGCGGAAGCCAGACACCAACAGCCACCAUGAAACUAUCCUCGUGCCUUGCAGCCAUUCCGUUUGCGUUUAGCACGGGAGCACUUGCGGCGGCCGUGCCACCACCACCCCCAGAGCCUCUACCUUUAGUGCCAGAGCCCAUGGCGAUACCGGAAGAAUCCGUAGAGUCACUCAGAGCCCCCAGCGAAGACGAGACUUUACAUCCCCACCUUGCCUAG